AUGAAGGUAUCUGUGUGUGUUGUGUUUGCAGCGGCAUGCUGGCUUGUAGCGCAAGCAGGGGAGCCACAGGUGAUCCUCACGCUGAGUAAAGUCAUGAAUGAAAUCAAGAAAUUAAACAAGGGAACGGUCAACAACAGCAGCAACUUGAUGAACUCGCCCAUCACCGGUGAAAUCAAGGACUGCUGCAUUGCAUCUGCCCUGGAAUGCUUUAGAUCCAAUGUGAUCUACCUUAAUGUCAAGGAUGCAAACGUAAAGAAGUCACAGAAGAUAAUCCACAACGAGCUACGCAAAACAUUCAUUAAAAAUAGUGUGUCCAGUUGCAGUCAGAAAGAGAUACUGGAAUCCCAAUGCAAAUCAUGUGACUCUUACCCCAUGGUUGACGGUCGAACAUAUGUGCAGAAUUUUCAGACUCUCCUAAAUAUGAAACAGUUAUUGGAAAUUACGCCAACCAGUUUGACGAGCCACACCACUUGCAUGACGGUCCUCUGCUUGAGCCCGCAAGAUCUCGAAGAACCAGCGAUCCUGAUCCUGGCGGAGCUCAAGCAGGGCUUGCUGAUGGUUCUGAUGCAGGCUGGCGAGGGACUGGAGGAUCUCGGUCAGCUGGGAGAGCUCCAUGGGACGUACUUCAACUUAUCCCGGGUUUUGGCACCAGUGUAA